AUGACCAACACAAACACACCCAAGCCUACUUUCCCUGCAGAGGCAGCAACACAUGAACAUGCCGCCUCGCUAGAUGCAGCAGAUCCCCUGCGCGAGUUCCGCGACAAGUUCAUCAUUCCUUCAAAGGCGAACAUCGCGACCAAGAAAUUGGCAAAGCCAGGUCUUUCCGCAGAGUCCAGCAUAUACUUCGCUGGCAACUCACUAGGAAUUCAGCCCAAAGCCGUGUCGAAGUAUAUGGAAGCUCAGCUGGAUACGUGGUCCUCGAUCGGCGUCUUUGGCCACUUCACCGAUCUCGAGGAUUCCCCUCUAUCGCAAUGGCAGCUCCUGUCGGAACAGGCCGCUACUUCAAUGUCGAAGAUCGUCGGCGCGCAGCCCGACGAGGUUGCUGCUAUGGGGACUUUGACGAUGAAUUUGCAUUUGUUGCUUGCUAGCUUUUAUAAGCCCACUGAGACGAAGCGCAAGAUCCUAAUGGACUGGAAGGCAUUCCCCAGUGAUCACUACGCUAUCGAGUCGCACAUUGCCUGGCAUGAUCUCGACGCUAAGGAGAACAUGGUGCUGAUCGGACCAGAUGAGGGAGAGCAUGAAAUCUCAACCGAGAAGAUUCUCUCGAUCAUCGAUCAACAUGUCGAUGAUGCAGCCUUGAUUCUUCUCCCGGGCAUUCAGUACUAUACUGGACAACUAUUCGACAUCCCCACCAUUACCAAAUAUGCUCAAUCCAGGGGUCUGGUUGUUGGAUGGGACCUGGCGCAUGCAUUCGCAAACGCCGAGUUGAAGCUGCACGAGUGGAACGUCGACUUUGCAGUCUGGUGCACGUACAAGUAUGGAAACGCCGGGCCCGGCUCUAUGGGCGGAUUGUUCGUGCACGAAAGACACGGCCAGGUUGAUUAUAGCGCUGGGCCUGAUGCUCCCAAGUUCCGUCACCGUCUGGCUGGAUGGUAUGGAGGAGAUCGCUCAGUGAGAUUCAAAAUGGACAAUAAGUUCAAGCCCAUUCCUGGAGCUGGAGGAUUCCAGCUUUCUACCUCCUCGGUGAUGGAUCUUACCUCUCUUUGUGCAGCUUUGUCUGUGUUUGAUCAAACCUCCAUUCAAGAUCUGCGUGAAAAGUCAAUCAAGUUGACUGCGUACCUUGAAUUCUUGCUUCUGAAGAAUACUGAUGAGAAGACGCGUCUAUAUGAUAUCAUCACGCCCUCUGACCCUCACGCACGUGGCGCUCAAUUGAGUGUGCUGCUUAAACCUGGACUGUUGCACAAGGUUGCCGAGCGCCUGCAGAACGCCGGUAUCAUUUGCGAUAAGCGAGAACCAGGCGUUGUUCGUGUGGCCCCGGUACCGCUCUACAACACUUACUCCGAAGUGUUCAGCUUCGUCGAGGAGUUUAAGGGUGCUUUGGCCUCCUCAUAG